GCAGCAACAGCAAGCCCAACAACAGGCUCAACAGCAAGUGCAGCAACAAGCACAGCAACAGUUGCAACAACAAAUACAGCUGCAGCAAAUACAGCCAGUGCAACAAAUGCAGCAAGUUCAGCAAGUACAGCAAGUUCAGCCAGGGCAGCAAGUUCACGCAGGGCAGCAAAUGCAGCAGGAUCAGCAAGGACAGCAAAUGCAGCCAGUUUAUCAAGUACCACAAGUUCAGCAAGUACAGCAAGUUCCAAAUGUUCAACCCCAAAUCUACACCCCAGCUCCCCCUACAGCCCCUUCCCUAGUAACCACUCCAGUUGCAGCCACUAUUCCUGCUCUGCUGCCACCUCAAUUUCCUGCUCAGCCCCCUGUUCCUCCUCCCACUGCCCCUCAAACACAAGUAGCUCCUGUUGAUCCCAGAAAGAAUGCGGACCCUGAGUUUCUGGCAUUGCUGAAAAAAGAAGGCCUCUCUGAGAGCACAAUCUCUUCCCUGCUGCAGCAAGGCUUUGACUCUACUGCGAUGUUGGCCGUUAUGGAAGACAAUGAUGUGCGUUCAGUGGCCCCCAACUUGGGACAAGCACGAGUUCUGUCUCGUGUUGUUCUUACUUGCAAAAGACCACCUGAAAUCCCUCCUGCUACUCCCCAGCAUCCCAGUGCUCCGUUUCGGGGCAGAUCCAACAGCUUUAGUCAUCGCAGUGACAUUUAUGUGCACCAGCCACCACCCAUGACUCCGGGCUUGGACUCCCAGUACAUGCAGCCACCCUCUACCCUCAUGCAGACUAUCUCUCCAAGGAUGGGUGAGAGCUACAGUCGUAGGCCCAGCAGUGCUCCCUCCCAGCAGCUUCUUGAGACCAGCGUGUAUCCUGGAGCCAGGUCUGCAGGAGCUUACAGUGGGGCUAUAGUUCCAGUCCAAACACGCCCAUUGUCAGCCUACACUCCACAUGCUGGCUUACCUAUGCCACCUAUGGCUGCAGUGUCCCAACAAGUAGCCAUUCCAUUACAUCUAUCAGGAAUACCGCCACAUAUGCCACAACAUUUGCCAGCACUACCUGCAGCUCCCCAACCAAUGACCAUGCCUGCUUUGGCACCCCAGCAGGCUCCAAAGGCAUACACCACCAACUACACCGUACCAAUGGAGCUGAUGAAGAGGGAUCGGAGCUUGGCCACAAUGUCGCCCAUGCCUAGUCCCCACUUAAGCCCUCAAGUAAUGAGAAAGGGUGGUUUUGUGUCCUCAGAUGGUGCCCUAGUACCUGUGGGGGGUGCCAUUCCAGGCUCAAACCUGAGUCUGGCUAAUCAGAAGCACAGCCGUCGUACAGGACCUCCGGUCAUUGUCUCCACUAUGGCUUCACCAGACACAAGUAUAAGGCCGCAGAUCAUGAAUGGCCCGAUGCAUCCUCGGCCACUGGUCGCUCUAUUGGAUGGGAGGGACUGCACCGUUGAGAUGCCCAUUCUGAAGGAUUUGGCCACUGUGGCUUUCUGUGAUGCACAGUCUACACAAGAAAUCCAUGAGAAGGUGUUGAAUGAGGCGGUGGGGGCAAUGAUGUACCACACCAUCACUCUGACCAGAGAAGAUCUGGAGAAAUUCAAAGCACUCAGAAUCAUAAUCCGCAUUGGCAGUGGGUAUGACAACAUCGACAUCAAAGCAGCUGGAGAUAUGGGUAUUGCAGUGUGUAAUAUUCCGUCAGCUGCAGUGGAGGAGACGGCAGAUUCGACGCUUUGCCACAUCCUGAACUUGUACAGGAGGAACACAUGGCUGUAUCAGGCCAUGCGUGAGGGCACACGGGUGCAGAGCGUGGAGCAGAUCAGAGAAGUGGCGUCAGGGGCCGCCCGCAUCAGAGGAGAAACACUGGGGCUGAUUGGCUUUGGUCGAUCAGGUCAGGCAGUGACUGUGAGAGCGAAAGUGUUUGGCUUUAACGUGAUCUUUUAUGACCCGUACCUGCAAGACGGUUUAGAGCGAUCGCUUGGCGUCCAGAGAGUUUAUACCUUACAGGACCUUCUUUACCAGAGUGACUGUGUGUCUCUCCACUGUAACCUGAACGAACACAAUCACCACCUCAUUAAUGACUUUACCAUCAAACAGAUGCGUCAGGGAGCGUUUCUAGUGAACACAGCCCGAGGGGGUCUGGUUGAUGAGAAAGCCCUGGCUCAGGCUCUCAAAGAGGGGAGGAUACGGGGUGCCGCCUUGGACGUGCAUGAGUCUGAACCCUUUAGUUUUACUCAGGGUCCUCUGAAGGACGCGCCCAAUUUGAUCUGCACCCCACACACAGCAUGGUACAGUGAACAGGCAUCGCUCGAGAUGAGGGAGGCAGCCGCCACUGAAAUCCGAAGGGCCAUUACCGGUCGCAUUCCAGACAGUCUCAGAAACUGUGUAAACAAAGAGUUUUUUGUUAACACGGCGCCGUGGGGGGUGAUGGAGCAGCAGGUACAUCCAGAACUCAAUGGCGGAGCCUACAGGUUUCCUCCUGGUGUGGUGGGUGUGUCUCCGGGUGGCAUGGGUGGUCCAAUAGAAGGCAUGAUGCCUGGCGGGGUGCCCAGUGCCUAUCCUCUGCUGCGGGGCACCCAGCCCAGCCUCGCACCUUCCCCCACCCAGCUUCUCAAACACAACGACCAUAGAGAACACCUAGCCAAAUCGUAACCACGGUGACCCCAAGGGCAGAAUACAAACUGACCAAUAGACAGAAGCGUUCAGUAAUUAACCUGCAAAUCAGAGACUAAGAGACAGUGAACGGGUAAACAAGCAAUCAGCUACCGCUAGCUGCGCCGGAGACAUGAUUCACGGACAUCUCGUUUUCUAAAUCAGUUAAAGUGUUUUUCCGUUCUAUUGUUCUUUUAUUUUUUUAACCCAGGAUGUUUGGUGGUUCUGUUUUGUUUGUUUUUGUUUUCAUUUUGGGGGAGGACAUAAUUUCUACCUGUUCUAAUUCAGGUGGAUGGUGCUUUCUUGUUGGGAGGACUGGCGAGAUGGGAUGGCCACUCCUCUUUUCCCACGCACCAAUCACAGAGCUCGGAAUGUUGACAUGUCAUGCAUUUCUUCCUUCUUGCCUUAUAUGGGCAUGUAACAGAAUUCACUUCAUCUUAGCAGUUAGUUAGUUAUAUGUUAAUACGUUAUCAACAUUGUUUCUUUCUUUACAUCAACAAAUUUAGUGCUUGUCCUUUGUUUCAGUGUUAAAAGUGUUUGAUGGAAAAAAUGUAUUAGAAUAUAUAUACAGUGUAUCUAUUAAGAGAACAGUGAGGUAAUGCCUGUUUUCAUUAAAAAUGAAUAUGGUAGUGUAAUUAUUUGGGUGAAUCAUACAAAACCUGUCACAAACAUGUCCGGGUCAUAUUUCACCCCAAAAUCAUAAGAUACAUAAGCCUAAUUUUAGGACCGUUACGUUUUUUUGCAUUGGGAUUAUUUUUAUGAAGAUAAACCACAAAAACACAAAAUUUGUAUUACAGUAAAUAAAAGACAUUAUUUGAAUUGAAAAGUAUUUAUGCAUCAUAGUUUUUUUUAUUUGUUAUACUCCUUUUAAUAUAUGUUGAUUUAAAUAAAAAAUUAUAAUUUAUUACAGUAAUGAUAAUCACCAUUCAGACAAGUAAUAACUCAAAAGCGAUGCGAAUUUGGGAGGAAAAUGUUCUCGAUGGUCAUUUAAAAAUGAAAAUAAGUUUAAAAAAGGGGAGGGGGCAUUUUAAUUGUGUAAAAUAUAAUAUUCUGUUUAUUAAAUUUUUUUGGAGUGAAAUAUGUGGAUAUUUUUUUACGAGAUUUACCCAAUGAAGAUUAAUUAUUAGGGUGAAUCUCUUUAAAGAACAUGUCAAAUUUCACUUUAAAAUCAAUAGAAAGAAAGAAGAAAUUAUAUUUUACACAAGCCUAUUUUUGUGACCAUUAAGAAGUCAAUAAAACACCAACCACACACACAAUUUUCAUUACCAAAAUGCAAAAAAAAAAAAAGUAUUUAUGGAUCAUAGUAGCAUUUGUUGUACUUUUAUUUUUGGUGAUUUUUAUAUAAACAAAUUAUAUAAUUACAGUAACGGAAAUCACAAUUCAGUAUAAUAAUUACAAAUAAAACCCAUAAAGCAUCUGGACGCAUUACGGUAAUGAGAAUUUGGGAGAAAAAUGUGCUUAAUUGGCAUGAAAAUAACAAUUUUUACCAUGAAAAAAUCUUGAUUAUGUUUUUGAAAAUGUCUUUUGAUUUUGUGGUGAAAUGUGUUUUCGUGAGAUUCACCCCUAAGCUCUUUUUUCCAGUGUUCUGACUAGCAGACCUCUUGUUUACAGAAUUGCACAAAUUGAACAACCACCAGCUCGGAAAAUCACUCCUAUUUAAGACACAAGAGCACACUAUUUUACUGAUAUAGAAAUAAGUUUUCUUUUGUAAACAACUUAAUUUACGAACAAUUCUCUGUUAGUUUAAAAUAAAGAGAUAGUUUCCAAAAAACAGGAAUUUGGAUUUGAAUAACCAUCAUCAAUUUUCCGCAUAGAACAUUAUUUUGAUUUUGUAUAUGUUGAAAUGAGUGCUGUAAAGCUCAAAGAUAGAUGGCAGCUCAUGCAGAAAAGGGACUGGAGUGAAAACCGCCCGUCUCAGGAAGAACAUUCACAGGUUACUCCACUUGAGUCUAGAACCAAGCAAAACAGUGACAACCCAGUCUAUAUAUUCACUCCUCUCCAUCAGCCUGUCCACUCCUGAGGUAUUUUUAUAGAUCUGACAUCCAGUGCGUUUUUUUGCUGUUGAAUGUAUGGCAAUUAUAUUAGAUUUGUAUUGUAUUGUUUAAUGUUUUUGUAACCAUAUUCUCCUGUUCUUCUCCCCGUUCCCCUAUUUUUGGGUUCUUUAUGUGGAACGCACAGUUAGGAGCUCAUUGUGUUGUUUAUAUACAGUAUUCUGAGGUCCUCGGCGAACUCCAGUCAGGUUGGUUCCAGAACUGUAGGUUUGGUUUUUAGUGUGAGUAUUUGUAUUUGUUUAUUGUACCAAGGUGAACAUUUAGCAUACAGUACAGUUCAAAUAAAAUAAAAAAAAUACCAUUCUGAUUUACUAUACUGUGGAUGUGUUUUUGUUUUCAUUUAAAUGCAUUUUACACAUAUUUAUGAAUGAAUUUUCAACAUCUGCACGUGAUGUUUCUGGAGGCCACCAGGUGUCGCUGUGGCCAAGAGUUUGUAUUGGAUGUACCUGGUUUGCUAUUGUUUGAAAGCUUGUUUUUGGUACAGAAAUACUUAAAGUGAUCAGGUCUUUCUUA